AUGAGGGGCAUUACCUUUCCGGCCAAGCCCAAGUUCCUGAGCGGGAUUCCAAACAACAGUAUCCGGGCCAUUAGCAUCCUCAUUGGCGUAAACGUCUUGGUCUGGGCGGCUGCUGCAAUUGUGCUUCACUAUAACCCCAAGCUCAUUUCGUCUGCGGCGCUGGCGUAUUCUCUCGGCCUUCGCCAUGCUCUUGAUGCGGACCACAUCUCUGCUAUUGACCUGAUGACCAGAAGACUCAUCGCCUCAGGUCAGCGGCCAGCAACCGUCGGUACAUUCUUUUCCCUCGGGCACAGCACAAUUGUUAUAAUUACCUGUGUAGUGGUGGCUGCCACCAGCGGUGCCCUGCGAGACCGGUUCGACGACUUCACCCGCGUCGGAAACAUCAUUGGUACCUCUGUGAGCGCGGCCGUUCUCAUCAUACUCUGCGCCGGCAAUGGUUGGGUUUUGUACAAGCUCAUCACGCGGCUCCGUGAGGUUUUGAACCAGCGUCGCAAUCAGGAUCCAAAUUAUGCCCAAGAGGUCUCGGAAUAUGAGGCUCGCGACGGCGCAGAGGGACAAUUCGAGUUGGAAGGGGCUGGAUUUCUAGCCCGCACUUUUAAGUUUCUUUUCAAAGCCAUUGAUCGCCCUUGGAAAAUGUACCCCCUCGGUGUUGUGUUUGGUCUUGGCUUCGACACAAGUUCCGAAAUUGCCAUUAUUGGCAUCUCCAGUAUCCAUGCAGUUCAGGGCACCAGCAUUUGGGUCAUUCUAAUCUUCCCUAUCCUGUUUACCUCUGGCAUGUGCCUUCUGGACACCACGGACGGCGCGCUAAUGAUGGCGCUGUACACGUCCAAAGCUUUUUCGAGAGACAUUGUCGCGAUUCUGUAUUACUCGAUUGUUCUUACUGGCAUCACAGUUUUCGUUUCUGCAUUUAUCGGCAUUAUUCAACUGCUGUCGCUGGUGCAAAAUGUGGCCGAGCCGGAGGGGAGCUUUUGGGACGGCGUGUCAGCGAUUGGCGACAACUUUGACAUUAUUGGUGGCAGCAUUUGCGGCGUCUUUGUUGUAGUUGGCUUGGGAUCUGUGUUAAUUUAUCGCCCAUGGAGAAGACGGAUGGAUCGCAAGUACGGUGAAAGAUUAUUACCCGAAGCGCCAGCCAACGUCGGCGAGACCGACCAGGACAGCGAGUCCUCUGAAGCAACGGGCAACGCGCACCAUGGUGCAGUUGCGGUACCUCAGACAUCCUAG